AUGCGGCUUGGUGCCUGGUGUCCAGCAGCAUGGUUGCACCUCUGUGCCAAACGCCCCCAGAACGUCCAGACGUGUGGUCUUGUAUCUCUCCCCGCCCCUUACCACUACUACACCCUCGCCGCCGCGUCUGGCUUAUGUUUGGAUCAACCCCCAUGGGCCCACGGGCGUCAUGGUGCUGUCGCGACAAUGCCAUGGCGGCCGCCCUACGGCGCUGCGUGUCCUGCUGAGCAGGCUGCAGCAGCCACUCGGCUCGACACACGCAGCAGCGCCCGCGACGGUGGCUGGCGAGGGCGACAGCGAGGGGUGGCGGUAGUGGUGGUGAUGGUGGUGUCGAGGGCGUGGGUGUGUGGCAGAGGGGCAGCAUGGCAGGACGGCUGCGACCGCGACUGCGACAGUGCGGAAACACAGCUUGCACGCGCUGCACGGCGACGAGAUAGUGCUACGGGUGCUGACAGUCGAUGUCAAAAAGGCUGGGCUCAGGGUACCGGCACCGGGCAGGCUCCCUGGUACUCUGACUACGGUGGCACGGUGGCGCACGAGGAGCAGGGUGUCAUGAUUAACGACGGAUCAGCGCCGCCAAAGCGGCAGACACACCUCCACAUCUGA